GCCGGCGCGCAGGGUGUUGCUUCUCCCGGUGUCUGCCUCGCGCCCUCGCCUCUCUAGCGCCGCGCCCGCCGCCCUACCGCAGUGUCAGCCUCCCCCACGCCCACUUCUGCACGACACACGCCCACAUCGCUACCGUGGAGGUGCUCUACGCCAGGAAUAACGGUGCAUGGUAAAACGAGUGAAGACUUUGUUGUGACUAUAAGAGGCUGUGAUUGGUGCUUCAUCCUGCUGGGUUAAAGGUGAGCGUCAGCGUGGUGGCAGGACAGCGGGUAACACGUCGUCGUCGGCGAUGUGAAGAUGAAGACUGCCCCCGCCCCGGCCGGGGACCCACGCCCCCCACCUACGCCGGACCCGCCCACUCACCCAGGGACGGACCCGGGGGGAGGUGCGCCGCCCCCCACUGACACCACCACUCCUGAUACUACCUCCACCAGCGGUAGUGGACGGUGGGCGGCGGCGGUACUCCUUCUAACACAUAUUGUGGAGCUGGCCGCCAUGGUCGCUGCAACCCUCGCUCAUGCCCUCCCUCCUCAUCUACCACCCGAGACAACCCACAGCCCGCCGGAUGCCACUCAUACGCCGCCCGAAGCCACCAACACGCCUCCCGAAGCUAUUCUAACACCAGGCGAAUCAGGCCAUGCGAGCAAGGAAGGCGUGUGGGGACAGGCUGGUCUGCCCCUACAGGUGGCGAUGGGUGGCGCGCCCCUGGUGGUCAUCACGGCCAUCUCCCUGGUGUGGGCCGUGCGUGCACAGGAUUUUUCUGGCAGAACGACAGCACGAAUGUUGUGCUGGCUCCUACAUGUCCUUCAGGCCUCUAUCCUCUGGCGCUUUCUUAAAGUGCACCUCGCUUUCGACCCCAGCGACGUGGCCGAGUUAGGGACGUUGAGAUUCGUGCAGGUGCACGUGCACACGUUACCCUUUUUAGUUUUACACGUGACCAUGAUGGUGGGGGUUGGUGGUUGUCCUGGGGUGGUAAGCAUCCUGGUUGCCGUGGUGAUGAUAGUGUCAGUGGUGGUAACCAUUAUCGUGGCCACCACAGCUAGCCACAGCUCCCGUCCUUCCUCCCUUACCCCGCCCACCAUCACCCAAGUGGCACAUAAUCCCAUCCAUGGGCCGAGCACAGAACACAGUCAUGACGUGGCAGUACGGGGAGUGGUGGCCGUCACCACCUCCUGUGUCAUGUGGAGCAGAGCGGUGGCUGUGGCGGCGCUUUUCUGUCUCCAUGUCACUUGGGCGUCUGUAUUGGUCAUUAUUCACUGGCUGGCGGCGCUCGUCUGGCUCAGUCUGCAGCAGGAGUUAGAACCCACCACGUUGGGUCCCGUUCGUAAGUCCCUCCGCAGAGCGUUCCUCGCCUAUCUUCUGCUGUGGGACUGGCAUAUCUUCCGUGACGAUGCUUCAGCCAUGACAGUGUGUGCACGUCCUCGCCUCCCUGCCGCCUACUACACCAUUACUGCCAUCCAGAAUGUGGCUGUUAUUGCCACUUGGUAUACUACGGGCAGAACCGUCCUCCUUGUGGUCCGCACCGCAGUUCUGUCCUCCGUGUUGGCUGCCCAAGCUGUGGCACUGCUGCUCUUGGCACUCUCCUACCUCUACUGCUCCUCGCUCCUGCCCUCCUGGCCUCGUGACAAGGCCUCAGCUUUCGCCAGGACGGCCUCGCUAGUCAUACCCGCUGCCAAGUCUGCGCUCCCACCCGCUACUGACACACAGGAAAGAAAUAGCUCCUACGUCGACUUUAAGGACAUCGAAGAAGGCGAGGUUCCUGAGGUUAACAAGGACAAAGGAGAUGGAGAAGAUGCUAACCGAGAGGUCGUCACACCCUUAAAGAAUAUGCCACCUAUGGCCCACUCAACGCCUCGCACGCCACUGCCACUUGCCCCGCGCCUCAUGGCCGCUCAUCUCCCACCCACUAUGUUUAGUUUUUCUCAUGACAUCUUGCCUCCACGGCUGGCGAAAUCUGAGCAUUCUUCCACUGACAACGGAUCUUUUAAUUCAAGGAACACUAAUACGCUUCCAGCACAGUUGCCACCAGAAUACGACCUGCUGCAGAGAGCCCAUGGGUCGUUCUCUGACAGCUUUAGUUCACUCUCUUGUGGCACCAUCAACCGAGCCACAGCGACCGUGAGGCCAAUAGUCACUCAUGAUCCCAGAGCUCAGCGCACCCCACCAUCGUCUGCAAAGCUGACGUUUGUUUCCCACUCAUCUUGUAGGAAUGGGUUUUGUCACUGUAAAUUGUUUGAUGGCAUAGAAGGCCCUUGUGAUGUUAAUGAAGAAGAUGAGGAAGAGAGAGAUGAGGAAGAAAACCAGCAGAAGAAAACAAUCGGUGACAAGGGUUGUAAAAAGGAAGGAAGUGAUGGUGGAGCCUGCAGCGAUCACCCAGCCCAGGUAAUAAGUGGGCCCAGUAGUAUAAGUUUGUUGCCGGGUUCGCCCGAGGUUAUGCCAGCCACAUGCGAGUCUGCACCUCAGGUGGCAGUGGUACGAGGUAUUCAGAGGUUCAGGGUAGUGUGUGCUGCCUGCUUACAUGCUCACGACCCGCUCCUCACACGCUGCCACACACACACUUCCCCACCUGAGGUGCUCUUCACGCGGUGCCAUACCCAUACCUCGCCACCAGAGGCUCUUCUUACCUCAGGGUGCCUUGGAGUGCCUUUCGUGCGGUGCCCCACCGCGGGUGCCACGCUUAGUCGCUCUUGCGUUGGCCUGGGUGGCGGCUCAAGCACUGACUAUCCGUCCGACACAGAAGUUACUGCCACCGCUGACACUCUAAGCUCCGCAUCAGCUGACUCUCAUUCUACUUAUACCACUUGGCCUGUAGGUCGCGGCCCUGGGAUGGCGCGUCUUCUUCAGCUACAUCCAGGUUCUCACGACUAUGUGACGGCGUGGCUGCGACACCAGCAGGCUCGUGGGCCCCGCGUACCCCCGCCACCUCCCCCUCAGGUAGUCCACGAGUCUUCCCACUCUGCCAGUCCUGAGCCUCCUACCCGCCACCAGCGUCGCCCCCGUCACCACCUGCAUCGUCCCUCACGCCACAAGGACCCUCCACCGCCACACCUGCUGCAGGACCUCGAGACCGUCGUGUGAGUGUCACCUCCACACAAGCAUUGUUUUACACAUGUGUGACGUGUGUGAGGCCUAAAAAUGUGACAUUAUCAUUGAGAACGUUAUAAGACUCAUAGGGCACUACAUGAGCCAGAGCUCUGCCCUCAUGUUUGGUAGUGUGACAGUAUACAGUGCCUGCACACCUGCCACUAGAUGGGCGUGUGGUGCCUAUAUGUGGCAGAGUGAUACGAGUGCGUGAGGUCGGUGGUAGAGUCGUUAGAGCGGGUGUGUGUGUGGAGGUAGCGGACGCGGGGUCAGCUACGUUACAGUCUCAGGGUGCGGACGGGUGGGAGCCGGCCUGGCUCCACUGCUCAUCGGGGCCCGGCCCGCGCCACCUCCACCACGCCCUCAACCAGGGCUUGCCGCCUACCACCCCUGCUGGUGAGCUGGGUGGUGGGCGGGACAGGGCGGUGCGGGCUGGGCCUCCUGUCUACUAUAAGUCAUGUACACACGCCCUGGCCGGUGCUUGUGCCGUGCCAUUAAUGACAGAUGUAUGUUAAGUUCUUUAUAACACUUUUUAUAUUAUAUUUUAAGAUAAAAUACUUUUGGAA